AUGGACAUCGAUGCAACCCGUGUAGGACCCAACGGCAAGUCUCGCGAUGACUUCCUCCAAGCCAUGCGCGGACGGUGCUUUGGUUGUGGUUCGACCGCCCAUGUCAAGAAGGACGGAAACCACGGCAGUCUCCGAUGCAACUACUGCCAACGCAUGGGUCACUCGUCCAACGUCUGCCAGGACAAAUAUAUGGGUAUCACGCCAGGUCGAGGUCUUGCCCCACGCCGCCGCAUUGCUGCCACUCAGGAAGCUCCGUUCUCCCUCUUCAACGAAGGCUCGUCCGCUCCCACCGCUACUGCCACUGUCGCUGCCACCCCGUCCCCUUCUGUCGAUAUUAACGCCAUCAAUGCCGCCCAGCAACGUCAACUCGAAAUCCUGGCCAAGCUCGAGCAGCUCCAACAGGAUUUUUGA